AUGAAACUACUCAUCCUCAGCUUCCUAGCCCUCCUCCUCAACCCGACCACCUCCUCCCCCUUAGCUCCUCGUCAAGCAACAAACGGUCCCCACCCACCUACAAUCCUCUGGUCCUGCACCGGAAACACCGACUCCACCCUCGACAUCCCCUCCGUCUGUUCCAACAUGUGCUACGGCGCUUACUGCCGUGGCUAUGGCAGCAGUCUCAUGUUUGACCCUUUGGCAACCUCACUUCCUCCUGAUGUCAUUGCCGUCAGAAAGGCAAAUGCGGGUUGUUACUGGGGCGUUAGUGGACAACCUGAUACUGAACAGGAUCGAUGUCAGAAUGAAGGGAUGGAAUGUAAUGUGUAUCCGUACAGUUCUGCUGUUGAGUACGCGGUCGAUGCCAAGCAUGGAGGGCCGGUUAGUAGGUGUGUGGAUAGGGGGGAAGAUGCUCGACAAACCGCCAUGCUCAACCUCUUCUACACCUCCACCGGUCCAUGGUCGAACUCCCAAGGUCUAAACUCCUCUGACUAUCCGGUGGUUUACCAACAAAUCUUUGCCAAUGCAGGAGAGUUGGCUUACUGUUCUGGCCUUCCCUCAGACUGUGUCACCGAUGGCUCAGAAUUCGACCGUAAUGGUGUUAUUUUCACAUAUGAUCCUCUACCCGGACAAACCAGACAAAGAAGAUAUAGAUUGAGUGGGGGAGGUAAUGUCACGGUGAUGCAGGAGAUGGAGAUAGGCAGAGAGGUUUUGUUGCCGAGGGUUAGGAACGGCAAAAAGUUUUUGGAGGUUAGUGAGAGGCGAGUUAGGGACAGGAAGGGGUUAUUGGAAGAGUUGCAACAAUUGCUGUACUUUGAUGUUGAAUUGAUUCAGGAGGAAAUUUUUGAUGGUCGUGUCUAG